AAAAAGAAAAAUAUCCGGUUGACCUUUAAAAUGAGCAGCUUUCCUCUUGCGAACUUCACAAGCUAAAUGGGUGGAUCGCACAUUGAACAGGAGUUUCAGUAACAUUAGCUAAAGGAACACAGACAGAGAAACAAGGAUAAUUCGGAAAGGAACGUUGAAACAUAUUUGUUGGCCUGUCUAAGAGCGACAUUGGAAAUGUUUUCCUUGUCAACAACAGUCCAACCACAGGUCACUGUCCCCCUGAGUCACCUGAUCAACGCCCUCCACUCCCUGAAGAGCUCAGUGGGAAGCAGCAGCAGUGCCACUGCUAAACCUCCGCAGAAACAGCAUGCCUCAGAACAAGACUUGCAUAGUAACGAGCCCACGUGGAGCCUGAGGGACCUGGGCCUGUCUGACCUGGGCGUGCGGCAGCUGGACGAGAUAGUGAGCGGUGUGUUACCUCGCCUGAGUCAACAGGGUGUGCCGUCCUCAUCCAGCCCCAGCCAAAAGGCCUGGAGGACCUCCCACCUGUCCUCACAGUCAUUCUUUCACAACAAGCAUGGGUCCUUUGGUGGCAAAAUUGGCAUUGACUCCCCUGUUUUCUGCAGACAGAUCCCCUCACCUCUUCAAUCCAUUUUCACAGAGCUCCACUACUGGCCAGUGUGGGUCCAAAGCCGAGGCUUUAAAACUCUAAGGAAACACAAGCGACUGCAGGCAGGCUUUGAGCGUCCCAUGGAACCAGAUGGCUUUACCCCAUCUUUUAUGAAGGGCCUCCUGACGCGUGAUAAGGGGAUGGAGGUGGAAACCUUGGACAAGCUCCUGAAGAGCAAGAACAUUCCAGAUGGGCAGCAAGAUUCUUUUAAGACUGGGUUUGCCGAGGGAUUCCUAAAAUCCCAAGCGCUGACACAGCGCAAACAAGAUUCUCUGAGGAGGACGAGGUUUAUACUGCUGGUCCUGCUGCUGGUGGGACUCUACGGCCUCUCCAAGACCCCCUUCCUAUCGGUGCGAUUCCGAACCACAUCAGGCCUGGACUCGGUGGACCCUGUCCAGAUGAAGAACGUGACAUUUGAGCACGUCAAGGGGGUGGAGGAGGCCAAGAACGAGCUGCAGGAGGUGGUGGAGUUCCUCCGGAGCCCAGAGAAGUUCACCGUCCUCGGAGGGAGACUACCGAAAGGGAUCUUGCUGGUUGGCCCCCCUGGCACUGGGAAGACUCUGUUGGCCAGAGCCGUAGCUGGAGAGGCCGACGUCCCCUUCUAUUACGCCACCGGUUCGGAAUUUGAUGAGAUGUUUGUGGGGGUUGGAGCCAGUCGCAUCAGAAACCUCUUCAGGGAAGCUAAAGCCAACGCCCCAUGUGUGAUCUUCAUUGAUGAGUUGGACAGCGUCGGAGGGAAGAGAAUCGAGUCUCCCAUGCACCCUUACUCCAGACAGACCAUCAACCAGCUACUGGCUGAGAUGGACGGGUUCAAACCAAAUGAAGGGGUCAUCAUCAUCGGGGCGACAAACUUCCCUGAGGCUUUGGAUAACGCUCUGAUCAGGCCGGGUCGUUUUGACAUGCAGGUCACUGUCUCCAAACCAGACGUGAAAGGACGCACAGAAAUCCUCAACUGGUAUUUAAGGAAGAUCAAAGUAGACCCUGACAUCGAGGCUGGGAUCAUCGCCAGGGGCACAGUGGGCUUCUCCGGGGCCGACCUGGAGAACCUGGUGAACCAGGCAGCUCUGAAAGCGGCGGUGGAUGGCAAAAACAUGGUGACCCUCAAAGAGCUGGAGUUUGCCAAGGACAAGAUCCUCAUGGGCCCAGAGAGGAGGAGUGUGGAAAUUGACAAGAAGAACAAGGAGAUCACAGCGUACCAUGAGUCUGGCCACGCUAUCGUGGCGUACUACACCAAGGACGCCAUGCCCAUCAAUAAGGCCACCAUCAUGCCCAGAGGUCCUUCCCUGGGUCAUGUGUCUAUGCUCCCGGAGGAUGACCGCUGGAGCGAGACGCGUGCUCAGUUGCUGGCCCAGAUGGAUGUCAGCAUGGGAGGCCGCGUGGCAGAGGAAAUCAUAUUUGGCAAUGAGUUCAUUACCACUGGGGCAUCAAGUGACUUUGAUGCUGCCACCAAAAUUGCAAGAAUGAUGGUGACCAGAUUUGGAAUGUGUGAGAGGCUGGGUGUCAUGACCUAUGCCGACCAAACGAAACAGAGCCCGGAGACACAGGCUGCCAUCGAACAUGAAGUCAGGAUACUUUUAAAGGAUUCGUACGAGCGGGCCAGGGCGCUCCUCAAGUCUCACGCCAAGGAGCACAAGAACCUGGCCACCGCCCUGCUGCAGUACGAGACGCUGGAUGCCAAAGAGAUCAAGAUGGUACUGGAGGGCAAGGCCCUAGAGAUCAGAUGAGACUUCAAGGGUGGAGGCGUCACUCUGUUUAUUGGGGAGAUUGGGAUGGGGUGGGGAGUGGAGACAAAAUAUGGCUGUGGAUUAGGGUAGGGAAGCAUAGGAACUGUUGGGACUGGCUUUUUGGAAGGUAUUUGAACGUAAAUAUAUGAAAAUCAAGGUUUCAAGAUAAAAAAAUGAUCCUAUGUAAAUAUGUACGCUAACUACGCACACAGUCUUAUCUUCCUGUUAAUGUCUGGAUAGUUGUUAGGAUCCUUAUUGCCGAUAAAAUGAGGAUUGUGGGAUUUCCCUUGAAAUUGGUAGGGGCAAUCAGCAGUUGCUGCAUCCAUUUUUAGAUUUAUAAAUUAAUGAUAUGUACCCAUUUGAUUCUUGAAGAAUAUAACUUGUAAAUGCUGUUGUACCCCAUCAGAACCCAAAAUACAGAACCCAAAAUAUAAGCUUGUAUUACGUCAAUGUUUGUAAACAAACUAAAUGUAAACAAACACUGUAAAGCCUAAAAAUUGCCAGAUUUACACAUUUAGUUUUUAGUUUGAAUGUAUCCCAUUGUCAUAUGACCUCUUUUUCAAUGUACCCUGUCGGGUGUGUGUGUGUGCACAUGUGUAUGUGUGUUGAAUGUUUUAUGGCUAGUAAGUCCAAGUCCAGUGAGUCCAUGCCCUGGCUCCUCAGAAUUGUCUCUACCUGAGACUGUCAAUCAUGUAUUUGUAAUAAGGAAUCUGAUUCCCCCUAAAUAGUCGGAACAACUUUCCCCAGGUUUACCAAUAUUCCCAGGUUUGUCUGAGCCGUGUGUGCUAGUUGCCGUUUCGAAGAUGGCCUUUUGGGAAUGUACAUGUACCCGGAGUAGGGACUCUUUUGGACUUGAGCCACAAUUAAAAUGUGUCUUAGCACUUUGGUCAGUCUGAACACUUACUCUAUGUAUUUAUGUUAUCAAAUAUGUCAAUGCUGUGUGUAUAUAUAGAUGGGAGUGCUGCUGUGCUUUGAAAUUAGGCUUUUAUUCACUUCAUACUCAACGUUGGCAAAUUAAGCUGCGACAGGCCAUUGGAUUCUCUGUUUUUGGAUCAGAUUAGUCCAUCUAUUUACUAUGAAAUACCUUAAAGUUAUCUGGUUUCUAGGUCUAAACAAUUGUAACAGUUAAACCUAAGAGACCCUACAACUCCUCAUAUCCUGGUUCACUCCCCACUACUGCUGUGUACUCUCUAUUCACAUCUGAGCACAGCUGUCUCUCUAGCAUUACUUGAGUAGAUCUGUGAAUCUGUUUUUUUUUUUUUACAUUUCCUCACUUUGAAUGGUUUUAAGCACAGUAGCUCAGAACCUCACAGUGUAAGCAAGGACCGUCAUACUAAUUUGUUGACGUGUAGGCCUAUAAGGAAAACGGUCAAAUGCAUCUGUAGACAAUCGACUCAAUCACUGCAUUGUUGAAGCGAUUAUCUCCAUCUUUGGUGAGAAUUAACAGUUUUUACAGAAUGCUUUAGGCAAGAAUAUUGAACUCCUUUUGAAAUAAUGUUGAGUUGGAAGCGUUAAGAUUGUGAUACAAUGGAGGUUGAAAGCCAUACCUUUUAGGGUGUAAUAAUGUUCUUUUAGAGGCAAAGUUUAUUACAAUGUCUUGCAAAAGUAUUCAUACUCCUUGGUUUUCUUCACAUUUUGUGUUACAAAGUGGGAUUAAAAUGUUUUUAAUUGUAAUUUUUUGUUAACAAUCUACACGAAAUAGUAAAAUGUCAAGUGGAAGAAUAUUUUUUAAGAUUGAUAGAAAUUAAAUAACUGAGGUGUAUUCAGUCAAUAUACACAUUGAGUAUACAAAACAUUAAGGACACCGGCUCUUUCCAUGACCGACUGACCAGGUGAAUCCAGGUGAAAGAUAUGAUCCCUUAUUGAUGUCAGUUGUUAAAUCCACUUCAGUCAGUGUAGAUGAAGUGGAGGAGACCUGAAUGAAUUUCACCUGAAUGGGCAAGACUGGUUUGUGUUAAGAACUGCACCACUGCUGGGUUUUUACACUCAACAGUUUCCCGUGCGUACCAAGAAUGGUCCACCACCCAAAGGACAUCCAGCUAACUUGACACAACUGUUGGAAGCAUUUGAGCCAACAUUGGCCAGCAUCCCUGUGGAAUGCUUUCGACACCUUGUAGAGUCCAUGCCCCGAUGAAUUUACAUUGUUCAAUUCGUACGGGGGGUGGGACAACUCAAUAUUAGGAAGGUGUCCUUAAUCAUUUGUACACUCGGUGUAUGUUAGAAACACAUUUAGCAGUGACUACAGCUGUGAGCCUUCUUGGGUAAGUCUCUAAGAGCUUUACACAUCUGGAUUGUGCAAUAUUAGCCAAUUAAUUAUUUUUAUAAUUCUUAAAGCUCUGUCAAGAUGUUGGGACUCAUGGCUAGACAAAAAUGUUAGUCUUGCCAUAGAUUUUAAAUCCGAUUUAAUUCAAAACUGUAACUUGGCCACUCAGGUACAUUCCCUGUCUUCUUGGUAGGCAACUCCAGUGUAGAUUUGUGUUGUAGGUUAUUUUCCUGCUUAAUGGUGAAUUCUUCCCCCAGUGACUGCUGUAAAGCAGACUGAAGCAGGUUUUCCUCUAGGAUUUUACCUGUGCUUAGCACCAUCCCAUUUCUUUUUAUCCUGAAAAACUAUUUGCUGACGUCAAGCUUACCCAUACCAUGAUGCAGCCACCACCAUGCUGGAAAAUAAGAAGGCAGUUAACUCAGUGAUGUGUUGGAUUUGCGCCGAACAUAAGGCUUUACAUUUAGGCCAAAAAGUGUGUUCCUUUGCCGUUUUCUUUCUUUUCAGUCAUACUUUAUUCUGUAUAUUUGUAUUCUUCUUUUGACUGUCGUUUAAGUCAUUAUGUCGUCAUUACAAUGUUGCUGAUCCAUCCUCAUUUUUCUCCCAUCACAGCCAUUGAACUCUGUAACUGUUUUAAAAUCACCAAUUAUCUCGGCUCAGGAUAUGACCCAGAUGCAGACAAAGGAGAAGGAAGGUACAAUACACAGAGUAGUUUAUUAAACCACAGGAGGCAGGCAAAGGACAGAGAUAUUCCAUGUCUGAUUUGUUAUUGUUACCCAUCUUCCAAUCGCUGCCCUUCUUUAUGAAGCUUUCAAAAAGCUCCCUGGUCUUUGAAGUUGAAUCUGUUGCUUGAAAUUCAAUACUUGACUUAAGGACCUCACAGAUGUUGUAUGUAUAUCGGGUACAGCGGAAGGGUGAGUCAUCCAAAAAUCUGGUCAACUCCUAUUAUUUCACACAGUGAGUCCAUGUAACUUUAUUAUGUGAUUUGUUAAGCCACAUUUUACUCCUGAAUUAAUUUAGGCUUGCCUCAACAAAGGGGCUGAAUACUGAUGCAAUGAAUAUAUUUUUGUUCUCAUUUUUAUUUAUCUUAAAAAAAAGACUAUAUAUAUAAUCUUCCACUUUGACAUUACAGAGUAGAUUGUUGGGCAAAAAUUCCAAUUUAUUUUACACCCCCCCAAAAAUGUGAAGACAUCCGAGGGGUCUUAACUUUUGCAAGGUACUGUACCUACUGUGUACCUCAUUCCCAAGUGUAUAACCAGUAUCAUUAUGUGUAGGCCAAAACGCACAUUUGAGUUUUUCUUGCCAAAGUAACACAUUUUGAGCUCUCAAUGAUAUGACAGACGUUGGAGGAAUUUUUUGUGCAGCUCAAAUAAAUAAAUGAACAGAAAUGUAAUAAACCCUACUAUAAUAUUAACUGUG